CCAAAGCUAGUUUUCAAGCUCCUUAGUUACUUCUCUUCUUUGCACUCUUGCUUCUCAGUUCUUAAUUUUUCUUUCUUUCUUGAUCUGUUGUAAUAAUGGAGAGACUAUCGAUGUUGUCCAAACAAAAGCCAGUGGUGAUCUUCAGCAAGAGCUCUUGUUGCAUGAGCCACACUCUCAAGACUCUCAUCUGUAACUACGGGGCCAACCCUUUGGUCUACGAGCUUGAUGAGGAGCCAAAAGGAUGGGAAUUGGAAAACGCACUCAUGAGGCUAGGCUGUAACCCAGUUGUUCCAGUUGUGUUCAUAGGCGGGCAAUUGGUUGGCGGAGCGAAUGAGGUCAUGGAGCGGCAGAUGAAUGGUACUCUUAAAGAAACACUUAUCCGAGCAAAUGCAAUAUGGGUUUAAUAUUCUAAUACGCGGCUCUAAUUUCAUAUUAGAAAAUAAUC